UCUUCGUCAUAUUUCUUUGUGUCCUUUUUUUAGAUCAUAAAACAGAAGAGUUCCCGAAUUGCUACGGUGGCGCUUUAGAAGGAUGUCGUGUGGUGACACUCAGAAUGAUAUAUAAUAAGAUAAUGUGUCAUGUGUACAUGGCAUACAUUAUGAAAGUAUAAUACAUGUAUUACAUGUACAUGAUGUAUAAUUUUACUGAACUCAAAAAGUUCCCAGACACCAAGCUCAUUGUACGGCGUGAUAGUCACUUUAUUAAUUUAAAAACUUCCCCUCGGAAAUAAACAGCGAACCGAAGGAAACAUAAUAAACACACUCCACAAGAGAGCUCCCACUCGGAUUUUCUAGAUCUGUGGCUGAAUAGGAUCGCCAAUGCAAACACAAUUGACAAGCGAAAAGCGAGAGCCCUGAUGAUUCAUGAUACAUAUGGGCCUCAAGCCAAUCAGAUGGGUACCUUGGCCUUAUCUCAUAUUUUUUCCUGAGUCUUAAUCAUUGCCAUCAACUGGAGAACGACCAGACCGAAAAGUCACCUCGCUUAAUUUAAGUUAAAAUACUUAAAUCAAGUAUCAAGUUGAGGCUGCCGCUAUGUUGUCAGUGUCAGGGAGUGGGAGCUGGUCUGCUGUACGAGGCGAGGUGGAGAUGAGCCAGGCUUUCCACGAAAAGAGCAAACAAGAACUGCUACGACUGAGAGAUGGUGUUGCAUCCAGCAUGAAGGAGGAUCUCAGACUGUUAGCAGAUGAUGACACACAUAAAGAUCUGACCAUCACCAAUGGGACAGACAGUGUCAGGGCUCAUCGCUGUAUCUUACAGGCGAGGUGUCGGCACUUGUGGCAAGACAGCUGGCUUGUGCUAACAGAAAAGGAUAAUGAUGAUGACGACAGAAAGGAAGUGUGCUUGAAGAUGCAUGGACUGAGCAGAGCUCAACUAGAGAAUUUUGUGAGACAAAUGUAUACUGUCAGUGACUCGGCUCUUUUCAUGGACGAAUUUCUACCUGCCAUUUCUGGAGAAUCGAGUGCCACAGGCUGUGCCGAUGAUGGCCUGUCGUUCAGAAACGGGCAAGCUGGUACUUGUGGAGAGUGGACGGGCGGGGAGUCGGGAGAACCUACCAUGAAUUGUGUGGAUGGUGGUGGUGGUGGUCAGAGCAGACAGAAAAAUUCUGAUGAGAUGUAUUUAGAGGAAUGCUGUGUAGUGGCGAGUGUGGACAAUGCUGCUGCUGCUGUCACUGACGCUGUACCUGCUGAUGUUGUUGAUGCCGGUCCUGCUGCUGUCGCUGAUGAUAUUCCCAUUGUCGCUGAUGCUGCACCCACUAGUGUGAACGAAGAUGCUGUUGUAAAUGAAAGUGAUACAGCAGCAAGUACAAAUCUGAAAUAUGGGAGUGAAUCAUCUCAUGAUUCUUCUCCGGUGGACGAGAAAGAAGAUUCGGGGAACAACCCAAAGGAUGACCAAAGCACAUGUGCUGAAGGGAGUGCGAGAGGGGAAGAUUGUUUAGGAAGACCUCAUGCAAAGGUUAACAAAUCAGAUGCAGUCAUACCUGAAGAUCAGUUUGAACAUGAAGACAAAUCAGUCAAUGCGAAUGCUGGUACAUGUAGUACUGAGAAUGUGUUAGAACUGGUAGAAGACAAAGUUGUUUUAUGGGAUGACUGCACUGAGAAUAAAGUGGAUGUGGAUGGAGAUGGGAUGUUUUGCGAUGGUGGGACUCAAACUGCUGAGGCUUCCCCGCUCUCUGUGGAGAAGGCGUCUACAAGUCCUGUACUGGGCGGAUCGUUAGACAGUGCCGUCAAAUCUUCCUAUUCUUUUUCCAUUCCGUAUGAGACGUGCAGCCCUCUGGGCCGUGAUCUGCUUCAGAUGCACCUCCAAGAGACGAACUGCGACUGCUGCCUCUCAGUGGACGGGGUUCAGUUCUUGGCCCAUAAGGCCGUGCUGACGGGCCGGAGCGAAUACUUUGCAGCCAUGCUGGGUGGACGGUGGUCUGAGAGCAACAUGGAGAUGAUCCAGCUGGAGGGCGUGGCGCCGCAGGCUCUCGAGCAAGUGUUGCUCUUCCUGUACGGUGGCGUGGUUGACCUCACGACCCCUUGUGACCUUAUGGAUCUUUUCCUUUUGGCCGACAUGUACGGGGUUCUGGCUUUCAAGUCUGUCUUGGCGUUCUACGUGAAAAAGGAUUUGUGCCAUUUUUUCCACAAGCCGUGCCAGGGCUGUGUGAGCAGUGCCCCGGAGGCCGUCUCUCUCUGCCAUAACUUCAACCUGGAUGAGCUUCUGGCCCGCUGCCUUAGGUGGGUGUCCAAAUACUUCACCCGGAUCUGGCCCACCAAGACAUUCGCUGCAUUGCCUGAGCACUUACAGCAGCUCUGCGUGGAGAAUAUGGUCUCUCUGAUGACCAAGCAAAAUGUGCUGGACAUUAUUAUGGACUGUGACAAACUGACCACGAGUCUGCCCAGAAUCAGGUGGACUGAGAGCAUUCUUUGUUUGCUUACCCAGCUGAUGGACCUGGCUAUUGAGUUCACAUCCUCUAAUUUCAUCGAUGUGAUCGGAACUUACGAAUUUCUUCAGUGGGCAAAAGUUGCUUCAUGGAAAGCUGGUGCUCUUGAAGAGAUUUUUAAUUCUGUGAUAGAUUCUCUGGCUGUAGACACCGCUUGCCUUGUGUAUCAGACGCUGGUAGCGUUGAAGUCGCAGCAGUUAGGCCUGGAGAGUCCGGAUGCCGAUGUGAUUGGGUUACUUGACUCUAUGCUGAAACGCUGUGAGAAAUUUCUCCGAACACACAUCCAUCAGGCUACUCGCUGUAAGCAGUGGCCUCAGCUGAUGAAGGAAACCCAGACGAAAAUUCUUGAGAAUUCCUCGUAUGUUUACUUCGCUGAUUUCCCCGAUCCAAAACCAAAGCCGAAGCUGGUUCCAAAAGUUAGAUCGAGACCCCCGGGUCCUUCCACUCUCAGGGGAGAGAACCGAAGACCAGAAGUAGAGGUGGGGAGACAGGGGCACAACAGAGGCCAGCAGAGACCCACAUCAUCAGGAACGGGUCGUGGUUCGGCUGCUGUCGGCAGAUCCCAAAAUGUCGGAGCUGCUGCGAACGGGAGUCAGAGAGAGAGAGGAGGAGCGGUGACGACUAGAAGAGGUGUAGGGCGGGCUGGGCAGAGAGGUAACGUGAGGCCCGCGCCGAGAAGGUGUACACCCCAAAAGGUUGAUGACCAGAACCACGACCCUGGUUCCCCCGCGGCUGAAGGUCAAGGCAUCUCCUGGUCGUUGAGUAGAAGUCCUUCAAAGGCACAGGCUGCUGGCGGGUCAGCUCGUAUCGUAAAACGUUGUUCUGCGAGGUAUAUUUCCGAAAACGAAGAUACUGACAACCAUGUGAGUGAGGUAAUGGGUACACCUGGUACCUCUAGUCAGGAUGACCCCUCGUUGUCCUGUCCAAGUCUUUCCCUGGCCACAGAUGAAAAACUGUCGGAUCUGAACGUUGUUGACUCAGGUCUUGUUAGAUCUGUCUCUCCACGGUGCCAUGGUACCAACCAGGCAUCUGAGGUGGAAGGGUCGUCUAGUUCUGUAGAUCAGGAAAUACCCAUGUUGUUAAGUCCUAGUCCUUCAGACACACAAGCUGCCACUGAAUUUAUUUCUGAUGCAAAGCCUGAUUCAGGGGGAGCCAUGUGUUUACAAUCUUAUGUCUCUGACCAGACUUUAGAGUCUACGCGGCCAUCUAAUGAUGAAAAUGGCGAGAUACUUCAGUCGUUAAGUGGAGGUCCUUUACAAAUGCAUGCUGAGACGGAGUCGGCUGGUUCUAUGAAGACCACUUCUCCAAGGGAUGACGGCAUCAGCCAAGCUUGUGAGGUCAGGGGGUCACCUGACUGCCUCAGGCGCAUAUCUUCUCGUUCACUAAGUACAAAUCCUUCUCGGCUGCCACAAGCUGCAAGCCAGUAUGACCACCAAGGCAGAGGCAGUGUAGAGAAAUCCCCGAGACUUCUGCGUGCGGAACAGGCCAAGUUGUGGCGCUCACAACUUCCUGUACGGGACAGAAAGAGCUCUUCUCCUCGUCCGGGUAGGAAAGACAGCGAGUCUAGUUGCAAAGCGGAUGCUAUCACUAGUACAGACAGUCAGGAAAACAUCACUCAGAUCUCGAGGGAUGGCUCCGUGUUUCCUGACUGUAAUGCUAAUAAUGUGUCGGAAAAGAAUACUGCGGCUCUUCAAGAAAGUAUUGACGAUCUGGAAAACAGUAACUUGCUUUAUUCGAGCAGCUGUCCCAACAAAGGCUCAGGGCUAGACGGGUGGCUUGGAGCUCCAAGCUCCGCAUCGGAAGUUUCACUGCAGAAUGUUGGUGGCGAGAACUCAGAAUUGGUCAGGGAAACUUCGGCUUUUGAUUACCAGCGGGAUGAAUUGGCAGAUGUAAUUGCUGCGUCUGCCCCAUCUGCUGUUGAGCGAUCCUUUGCGUCCUCUGAGGGCAUGGCUGCUCACUCAGGGUCUCAUGUGAAGGUCGUGAAAAUGAACAAACCUCUGACUGUAGGAUUCACUGUUCCCAAAGACUAGCUAAAGAAGUGUUUUUUCUUCUAUUCCUUUUCAAUUUUACUGCUGUUCUCAAGGGUAUGCUGAUAAUGUGAAUGGAAUUCAGUGUUUAGUUGGCUUAUCGGUAAUGGUGGCUGUGUAGUGUUGAAGGUCGAGGUCUUCCAUGUCUUUGCAUUUACUCUUCACGCAUUCUCACCUUGUUCACUCGGACAGAGAAUGUCAAAGAACUGCACCCUUUUCUUUAUCGUGAGGGACCAUCUUAUGCUGAGCCGGCACAUUUUAUCUCACUAUUUUUUAUAUUAACAGAGGAUUAACAUAAUAUGAAAGAAGCAAGGAGAACAAAUGUUGCAUUGUCUUGAAAUAAUGAACCAAAGUAAAAAAAAUCCUUUUGGAUUUAGGGGUAGGGGAGUGGGAGGGAGGGCUUCUCAAUGUAGCAAGCUUGAUUUUGAGCAAAAAAAAUGGAUGUAAUACAAAUUCCAGAUUUUGGUCCUAUUGAGCCAUUGCUUUCCAAUCCCAGUUUUUAAAAAUGUGAGCAUCUGCUUUUCAAUUUGGGCUCAAAGCUGAAAGGAUAAAUGCAAGUCAAAUGUGUGUUGGUGACACAGGGUUAGGGGGGGUUGGGGAGUGGAGGGGCCCUGGGGAUGUGUCCUUGAAGACCAUAGCGCUGCAUUGUGGCUGCCACUCGUGAUGAGUGGAUUAUUUAUCUAUGUCAUGUUUGUGAUAUUGUGUAUUAUUCUUGCAUUUAUUAAUUAAUUUAUUUGUGUAUUUAUGCCACUGUUAAACAAAUUUCUCAAGGGGCUCAAUGAAAGUGUGUUUUGUAAUAUUUUAUUUUUCUCUUUUUACUUAGUAAAUAUAUUCCAAAGACAUACUGACGGCAAAUCUGUUGUCAAUUAGUUACGAUUGUAUUGGUGGUCGAAAGCAAUAAACAAUUGUCUAAGCCUCUAGGUCGAGGUCGUCGUGCUUAAGGCAUGUGGGCAGCUUGUUUCAUACAAAAAGACUGAAUCGACCACCUUCUUCCUUCAUAUCAUGACAAGAAAGCUUAAUUAUGUUAUGUUGUUAAUAACCAAUGAGAUUCAAUACCUCAGAUUAUCUUCCCACAUCAGGUUGAACGAUAUUGACAUAAGCAAGCAAUACUUUCCUUUUUUGGUUCCAUUUUCUUGGGCCUUGCUCUGCCUUUUGAUUGUGACGUAGAUCCAGGGUUUCAGCGUCAUCUCAUCGUCAGUUUGUUUCACUUCAACAUUACUACCCCAUCCUGACAGCUUUCACUGAUGAAUUUUGUACUCAGUCUCUACACUGACGGUUACUGUCAGAAACGGUAGUUAUAAGUCUGAACAAAAAUGUCAAGUUGUUUGGGUUUUUUUCUCAAAAGAUUGCUUUGAAACCUUCUAGCACUAUGUCUUUAUCUAGUGCAUGUUUACAUAGAAAGAUGCAAAAUAUGGCCUUGGCACAAAAAUGUACGAGUGGGUGGUUGGCAGGUGCUCUAGUGUGGUUUGCUCCUUCUUUCCUAUCAAACUCUAUCCUGAUCUGUCCUCUUUCUUUUUUGUGUUUGUUACUCGCUUGUAACACCUUUAAUCUUCGGCACUUAUAUGUCCUUAUUGUGUUGCAAGUGCCGUAAAAUUCUUACUAAAAAAAAUGUACGUUUUCUUGCUCACUUGACAUUUGCAGACUGGUUCCCUUGAAGGUAGUGGAUGGACGCACACAGUUUGCGGCUGCUACUGUUAUAUCUCUCUAGUGCUUGCAGGGUGACUUCAGUGCUUUCUUGUCGUACCUCCUUUUUUUUAACAGUGAAAAUAUGACAUCUUCUUAAGGUCACUCUUUGUUAUGAACUGAACUGUUUUCACUGUUAUUAGAAAUGGAGAUACGACAAGAAAGCACUAGGGUUACGAGAUAGUGAAUGCCUCAGCUUUAGUGUCUAUUUUUAAGUAAUGAAUAUGAUUUACUGAUUUCUCAUCACAAAGACAGGGAAAAGGGGAGAAGAUUUUUAGUAUUAUGCAGUUACAGAAUUCAGUGAGAAAGAGAGAUGGAGUUAAAGGAAAAUGUUUGAGAAGCUUGCUUUUACUGGAGUACAGUAAAGAAACUAACAAAUUUUGACACACCUUCCCCCCCCCCCCCUUUCCGAAACAAAGAAACCAAAAAAAAACACCAAACCCAACAUGUUUUUUUCUUCUUUUCAGAAAUUUGUGUAACUGUCAUUCGCUAAAAGUACAAUGCCCUCUGCCCGCUGUGAAUAAUACAUUUCUGUAGAAAGUGUUGUACAUGAAGUUUUAUGUGUGUAUGUAGCCUACCUUUUUCUAUUUCUUCCUUUUUCUCCUCCUCUGUACAGUGGAGUCCACUUAUAAUGAUUCCUGAAAUAACGAGAAGUCUGUUGUAAAGACACAAUUCUAAAACAGAGUGUUAUUUUCUCUUCUUUAGCUUUGUAAAUAAAAUAAUGCAACAGCGCAAUCAGACAAUCACACGAGUCCGUUAUAGCGGAAUACUGCUGAUGCUGUCCACAGUGCAUAGGCAAAUUACAUGUAAAACCUCGCCAGUUGAGAAACUUUUCGGUGAUCUAGUGAAACAAAGAAUUGGGGAGCCCACAUUCACAUGUGCCAACAAUGAAGGCCGGAGCGAAUGAGUGGGGAGGGUGUAGCAUGCGCAGACAAGCAGAACGCAUCGCGAGAUAGGCCAGCCUAUCUCUUUCUUCACUUUCUGUGUUGUUUGUAGCUGUGUAUCCAUCAUACUUUUUCCCUGCACUAAAUGACCAUUAUUGUGUCGAUUUGCUUCUUUUUACUUAAACAAACGAACAAACAAGUGCAUGUUCCAACUUUUUCCACAAUGUGUAUACCCAGCUGGGGUCAGCUUGACCAGAGUGUUUUGAUCUCACAGAGUCCAGUUCCAAGUCCAUACAUCUAUACUGCACGGGUAGUUGGCGGGUGCUCUGGUGUGGUUUGCUCAAUCUUUCCUACCAAACAUGUAUCAUCCACAUCUUUCCUUCUUUUUUGUGUUUGUUACUCUUAAUUGUAACACCUCUAAACUUGGGCACUUACAUGACCUUACUGUGUUGCCAGUGUCUUAAAUCAUCAUCAAAUGCCUUUCACCCCUGGCAGGAUAUAGGCCACAUGCAUGCUCCUUCCAUUUAUCUCUGUCCAGGGCUAU